CAAUUUAAAAAACUCAGGUACACUUUUCUUUAGAUCCAAUGUUUACAAAAUUUCCGUUUCAUUAAAUUCAUAAGAAUUCAUAAGUAAAAAAAAAUGAGUAAGGCAAGUGUGAAAUCGCCUCCGUCUAUUCCAUCAAAAUCAGUAAGCAUUGUAUCUCAAGGAAAAGGUGGUGAAGACGAUGAUGAAUUUAAAACAAAUCCCGACUUCAUUUACGGUGGACCUUUUAUAACUGUGGAGAAACCCAGUCCUUUGUUGGGCACUUCAACACCUAUUAAUAUGCAGUUACAAGGCACUUUCAAAAAGAGUUUUGCAUAUUAUUCACUUGUAGAAAGAUUACCAAUAAUAUUAACUAAAGUCAUAGACUAUUGUUCGAGAGAAUCGGGCUCAAUUAGAUCAUCUUGUGGUGCAUCGGACGGAGACUUGCGUAGUUUCAUCAACUACGUCAGCAAAUUAAAAAAUGACUUGAUCACAAAUAAAAAGUAUGAAUUACUCCAAGUAGAUACACCUGAAGCUAAGAAAUGGAACGAAUGGAUAGAAGGGUCGCCCAAUCAAUAUUAUUUUACGAAUAUAUGGGUAUUCACUGAAUGUUACGUUUAUAGAAGGCUAAGAGAAGGAUGUGAACUAUAUAAAACCUUAGCAACCUUCGACCCAUUUCAAGAACAGAAAUCGGAGGCGUUUAAUAGUACACUAGAGCCAAUGUGUGUGGUGGCCGAUAAACUUAUGACGAUGCUGCCUGAAAGUGACAAAGACAAAAGGAAAGCCGACUUCGUCACUCUCAUGAAGAUUUGUCUAUGGGCUAACAAAUGCGACUUGUCGCUGUCGGUAGGCGAUCAGGUGAAAUUGCAAGAUAACGAACACACCACCGGCAUUAUGGAUCCGUUUCAGAUGAUCACAGAUCUGAAAGAUAAGCUACUUGUCGAUGACACAGGCAAAGCUGCUGACCAAAUUAUAACCAAGGCUGAAAAUAUGGCAAAGACAAUCGAAGGGGCUUCAGUGACUGCUGUAACACCAGUGGCAUCAAAAGCGGCAACAGCUGAGGGUGGUGAAGAGCCAGAACCGCCAAAGAUACCUUGCCCGGCUAAAAUGACAAUACCACAGGCGGUUAUGUUCGAUAUCGUCUGUGAUAACGCCGGGUAUGAGCUAUUCGCUGACUUGUGCUUAGCACACUUCCUUGUAUCACAGAAAAUCGUUCAAAAGGUCAGAUUUCACGUUAAGAAGAUCCCUUGGUUCGUGUCUGACGUAACUCCUAAAGAUUUCCAAUACGUAAUCGACCAAUGCAGAUCAGCCAGAUACGAUAAAAAAGUGCCUCAAGCGCCCAAACCAGAUGCGGCCGAGGGCGAAGCCCCACCAGAGCCUUUAGUGGUGAGCGCUGAUAAUCUGCAUCGCCUCGGAGACCAGUGGACGCAGUAUGUUGCUGAUGGCAUCUUCAUUGUCAUGAGUGACGAUUUCUGGACUUCUCCGCACGUGUACAAGGACAUGAAGAAGUACGACUACAAUUUGUACAGGAAGCUGCAGUACGCUGUAGCUAUCAUGUUCAAGGGUGAUCUGAACUAUAGGAAACUGCUCGGCGAAAGAAAUUGCAGCUCGGUGUUGGGAUUCGAAGCUGCACUACAAGGAUUCAUUCCGGCGCCAAUUCUAGCGGUGCGCACUGUAAAAGCGGAACUCAUAUGUGGUCUGCCUAAAGGCAAGGCGGAUCAGAUUAGUAAAAUCGACCCCGACUGGAUGCGCAAGGGUGAUUACGGAGUGAUUCACUUCUGCCCGAAGGCUGAGCCGCUGAAGGUAGCUGACAGACCAUGCCUCGAUUACGGCGAUAAAUGUCGAGGCACUAUAUGUCCUACACACAACGAUCUAUGA